AUGGUACUGGAACAGUAGCCAACACUUGGACAAAGGUCAAAGACACACAUCACGUGAAUGUAGCGCACCACCUCCACCAGACUGAUAAGUCAUGUUCUCUUUUCUAUUUGCCACAUUCCAACCCACCUUCCCCUUUAACGUCCUCAGAGGAAGGAGGACCCUAAAACUGGCUUCAACACAGAGACCAUGGUGGUAUGUACCCUGGAUCUGAUCAAGGCUGGGAUGAAGACCGUUGCCACCCCUUUACGCUGGGCCCUGGUCUACAUGAUGAACUACCCAGAGAUACAGGGGGAUUGAUUGUUUGAUUGAUCUAUUGAUUGAUCCCUCCACCUUUACCCUCCAGGGAAGGUCCAGGCUGAGAUAGACAGAAUGAUAGGCCAGUCCUGCCAGCCCAACAUGUGUGACAGACCCAACAUGUCCUACACUGACGCUGUCAUCCAUGAGACACAGAGGAUGGGCAACAUUGUGCAGCUGGGUUUCCCCAAAAUCGCCAGCAAAGAUGCAACACUGGGGGGAGGUAAGAGACAUUAGCUACAGCAUUAACAACAGUCCCUCCAUGUGUUAUCCCUGAACUUUUGUGACAUUCAGCGCUCAAGGCUAACAUUAGCACAAUACUAACAAUAGCUACCAAAAGCCAUGGAUGAUUUGUACAGUUAGUCAUAAUGUGCCAACUUUGCCAUGUGGCUGCUACAUUGCAGUAGUCAUGCCCUGCACAUUGAUUGCUGGGCAGGUGGGCAGUCUGUGAGUUACAGUCUCUCUGCAACGGCCAUCUACACCAACCUGUCUUCGGUGCUGUUUGACAAAGACGAGUAGGAAACUCCAUACACCUUCAACCCAGAGCACUUCCUGGAUUCUGACGGACAGUUCAGGAGGAGAGACGCCUUCCUGCCUUUAUCAGCAGAUGAUACAUCAGACCAUCCCUCCAACAGUUAUCAUUUGUUACUCAGGUUAUGAUCUCUGUUGUGUUUUCUUGUUUUCAUUACAAACUUGUGUGAUGAGUAACCUUGCCUGAGACCGGAAGACUUGUGUAGCUUCCUGAGCUAUUGGCAAAUGAUCUGGGUUCAAACCCAGUCGGUCACACUAACUAUUCUCCAUGCUCUUAUCAUGACGGACUUACAUUAACGUGAUGACUGUUAUUUGUCGAAUCAACAAACUAUGUUUAAUUGUCACUCGAUUAAAUUAAUCAUGUAACAAUUAACUCAUUAGGAAUUUGGGGCACCACGGAAUAAGUUGUUUAACGAGUUACCAUCUCCGAAUUAAACUCUUAGAAGAUAUACAGUUGAAGUCGGAAGUUUACAUACAUCUUAGCCAAAUACACUUUGUUGUCCUUAAGCCAUUUUGCCACAACUUUGGAAGUAUGCUUGGGGUCAUUGUCCAUUUGGAAGACCCAUUUGCGACCAAGCUUUAACUUCCUGACUGAUGUCUUGAGAUGUUGCUUCAAUAUAUCCACAUAAUUUUCCUUCCUCAUGAUGCCAUCUAUUUUGUGAAGUGCACCAGUCCCUCCUGCAGCAAAGCACCCCCACAACAUGAUGCUGCCACCUUCGUGCUUCACGGUUGGGAUGGUGUUCUUCGGCUUGCAAGCGUCCCCCUUUUUCUUCCAAACAUAACGAUGGUCAUUAUGGCCAAACAGUUCUAUUUUUAUUUAAUCAGACCAGAGGACAUUUCUCCAAAAAGUACGAUCUUUGUCCCCAUGUGCAGUUGCAAACCGUAGUCUGGCUUUUUUAUGGCGGUUUUGGAGCAGUGGCUUCUUCCUUGCUGAGCGGCCUUUCAGGUUAUGUCGAUAUAGUACUCGUUUUACUGUGGAUAUAGAUACUUUUGUACCUGUUUCCUCCAGCAUCUUCACAAAGUCCUUUGCUGUUGUUCUGGGAUUGAUUUGCCCUUUUCGCACCAAAGUACGUUAAUCUCUAGGAGACAGAACGGGUCUCCUUUAUGAGCGGUAUGACGGCUGCGUGGUCCCAUGGUGUUUAUACUUGCAUACUAUUGUUUGUACAGAUGAACGUGGUACCUUCAGGCAUUUGGAAAUUGCUCCCAAGGAUGAACCAGACUUGUGGAGGUCUACAAUGAUUUUUCUGAGGUCUUGGCUGAUUUCUUUUGAUUUUCUCAUGAUGUCAAGCAAAGAGGCACUGAGUUUGAAGGUAGGCCUUGAAAUACAUCCACAGGUACACUUCCAACUGACUCAAAUGAUGUCAAUUAGCCUAUCAGAAGCUUCUAAAGCCAUGACAUCAUUUUCUGGAAUUUUCCAAGCUGUUUAAAGGCACAGUCAACUUAGUGUAUGUACACUUCUGACCCACUGGAAUUGUGAUACAGUGAAAUAUAAAUGAAAUAAUCUGUCUGUAAACAAUUGUUGGAAAAAUUACUUGUCAUGCACAAAGUAGAUGUCCUAACCAACUUGCCAAAACUAUAGUUUGUUAACAAGAAAUGUGUGGAGUGGUUGAAAAACAAGUUUUAAUGACUCCAACCUAAGUGUAUGUAAACUUCCGACUUCAACUGUAUGUUAUAUUGAUAACAGUCACUCAUUAAAUAAUGACCUCAUCAGCCUCAUUCUGAACGUUGCAUAAUCCUUCAAUCUGCAAGAACCCUAACCUUAUUGAUGAAUCAGCAAUACGCAAAUUGGCUUAAUUAUUUAUUUACUAAUUAACUAAAUAAUAACACAAAAUACAAACACCCACAGUUUACUGAUUACUAACGUAAUACAAUGAAAGCAGGUCCCUAGUGGACUGGACUAUCAAUAGCAUGACUGCUUGGUUAGGGGAAGGAGGGGUCAGUAGAAAGAGCGUGGAAGGGAGAGACAGAGAUUCAAAAUAUCGUUGUUUCAUUUGGAAACUACACUAACAGUAAUCAUAAUACUUAGCACCCUAACCACCGCUCAUUCGGAUAAGAAAUGCAAUGUAUAUAUUUACGCAUAGCUGUCCUUGAUCGUCAUCUCUCUGAUUAACCACUUUCUCAAAAAGAUUUUGAGUGUCCUAUCCCACUUUGGUGUGACUCAAUUUGUCUUCGAAUGGAGUGUUCGUUAGAUAGAUACUUCAGAUGUACCAAUGGUUGUCUGAGAGGGAUUGUCCUUCCCAACUCGUGUCUUUAGUGAAAGUUCUCUAGACGACUAUACAUGCCAGCUGCAGACUGAUAUGAUAAGGUCUAGUGCGUUUAUCUGCUUCUUCACCUCGUGUAGAGGUUGAGAGUUUCAGAGUUUCACCAUUUCAAACGAAUGGACUACCGUCUCACGUUUUCUGGUCUGUAGAGUGUCAACCAUUUUAAGCCGUGGGGCUUCCUGGUCUAACCAUUUUAAAUGUGCAGUCACCACUCUCACGUUUUCUGGUCUAAAGAUUGAUUUGUUUUCAAAGCUUUUUAUGCCAUCUGGGUAAAAGGGUAGUUCCAUCGCGAUGACACGAUCUCUGAUGGCACUUGGGGCGUGGCUAGUCACAGUGCAUAGUUUAUAUGAAAAACUAUUAUCUAAUUUAGAAUGCUAAAAUCACAUUGCUAUCUUACAAAUUCUCAUACUUAAUCAUAUAUUUUAUACAACAUUUAGAUGCAAACCUGAUAACUGAAAUGUGUACACUUUCAGAGAUACAGUUAUUUAGUAAUACCAUCCUUAAUGACAUCAUGAAACAAUAAACAAUAUGACAUGAUUAUUCUUUAGAUCCCCACCAACCAUUCGAAACACUUGGAUGUCAGAAAUAAAUUCCAAUGUCCAAUCUUUUGGAGAAAAAGGUUUUGGCGGCAAAAGUCUCUCUAUAACAAAGAGAUUUCAGUCUUACCAUACUAGAGAGCCAGAGGGAGAGUUUCUGCAAACUAUUUAUGACCGGCUGUUAAGUCAUAAAACCGGCCUAUCUGGCUAUCUGUCAGCCAUUUGCCAAGCUGAUCUGGCACCUUUGAUCCUCACCAAGGAGAGAGAGUCAUGACACUAUCUUUCUCCCUCAGGUAAGCGUGGGUGUCCCCUCAAAUUAAAUGUUUGUUUGUGUGUGUGUGUCUCUCCAGGUAUGCGUGUGUGUCUGAGGGAGCAUCUGGCCCGUAUGGAGCUGUUCCUGUUCUUCUCGUCCCUGCUCCAGCGGUUCUCCUUGUCUCCAGUCCCUGGAGCCAUGCCCAGUCUGGAGGGGGUCCUGGGGUUCAUUCACUACCCAGAGGACUUCCUGUUCCAAGCCCUGCAGCGGUGA